CUGAGUUGUUCGUGUUGUCCGCUUUUGGGGGUUCUGUCUAGCAGUGUCAAUUUGUACUGCAAAAGGUCGCUGCCUUUGUUGCCAGUUUUUUGCUCAGAUCUACAGAGGGAGGUGCUGUUCUGUCAUCAGAGCGUCCCGUGCAGCUCUUUGUGUCUGCUCACGUGUGGAAUCGCGGCGUUGUGCAACACCGGUAAUACAGGAAAGCAGCACAUUUUAUCAAACAAGAACUGACAAUGGAGCAUUUGCCCGAUAGCAACUCCAGAUACAAAGACGUGGAUUACUGGGACGAGAGGUACAAGCACGAAGAGUCGUUCGAGUGGUUUGGGAAUUUCUAUAACUUCAAACACUUACUGGAGCUGCAUGUGGGCAAAGAAGACAGGAUACUGGUGCUCGGCUGUGGGAACAGUUCGAUGAGCUCCGACAUGCACAGCUGUGGCUUCACCUCCAUCACCAACAUCGACUACUCUGCAGUGUGCAUCGAGGCCAUGGCAGCGCGGCACAGAGGCUGCCCAGGAAUGGACUGGCAUCAGAUGGACGCCCGCUCACUAACGUUUGCAGAGGGCAGCUUUGACGUGGUGCUGGAGAAGGGAACGCUGGACGCCAUGAUGGUGGAGGAGAAAGACCCCUGGCGCGUGUCUCCGGAGACCAGCGAGAUGGUGCAGCAGGUUCUCAAGCAGGUGAGCAGGGUGCUGAAGCCGGGCGGGCGAUUCAUCUCCAUCACCUUCGCUCAGCCUCAUUUCCGUAAGCAGCAGUACGCGCGGGAGGAGUUCGGCUGGUCUGUCCGUCACGACACCUACGGCAGUGGCUUCCACUACUUCCUGUACGUCAUGACCAAGGGGGAGGCCCUGUCCCCAGAGGAGCGAGUGCUGCAGUCGAGGCUGGACGAGGGAGAGGGUCUGCAGCCCCCCCCGACCCUGCAGAUCCCAGACACUGAGGACUUCCUCAACAAUAUCCAGGUCUGAGGCACAGGGGCCUCCAGAGAUAUCAGAGAUAUGCAAUUCCCACCGAACAGAGAUACUACAGGAGGGGUGUCCAUGUCUCACCUGAAGGACCCCAUCACCCCUGACCAGGACUAGGAGAAAUCAAGCAGAAUCAGUCAGAAGUACAAUUGUGAUGUCCAUCAAAAUAAACAUUAACUGAAAGUAAAAUAGAAUAUUGCAAAACGUUUUUCAAAAUUAGUAUUCUUCCCUAACUAAGAUGGUUCAAACCCCAUCACAGACCAGCUUCAACAUGCAUGUGGGGGUUGACAUGCCCAGUAUAAGAAACAGAAUUCCCUGCAUUAUUGAGGGAGAUAUCAUCUGACUGGGUACAGUGUAGCCAUGUGAUUGUCUCAGAUAUGUAAUAUAUUUGUUUGAGUGAAAUGGAAAAUGAAGACUGAAGUGAUUCAUUGGCUUAAAUAUAGCCGUGCUGAACUGUGGCUGUGAGGCGAAAAGCCAUUAAUAAACCACAAAUCAUUUCUUUUUAAUUCUCUACUCAAAUGUAAUUACAGUCUAUUUUUAAGACAGAAAAUGAGACUUUUUUACUUGCAUUUUCUAUCCAUGCUUUUUAAAACUUGUACAAUGUGUUCAUUGUUUUUAAAGAGAUGACGUGUUUAUAAUUAUGCAGAGAACUGCACCAUUGCAAAACAAGUCAGAAUCUAUGAAAUCCAGCUUCAUUUUCAGACUGCUUUUUGUUUUUUGUUUUUAUUACCGUGUUACCAUAUUGUCUUCCUGUUCAACAGAUGUUUCACCCAAUAGUGCCUAAUUUGAGAACUACAAGUGUUGAGAAGAAAGCUCACACAGAGCUGAGACAUUUUUACACGCUCCGUAACUGCUGGGAACAUCAACAGAAAUUGAGUGUUCGAGGACAUUGAAAAGAUGUGCUGUGUGAAUGCAGAGAUGAGGAGUAUCGUACAGCAUUGUGCUGUGUAUGAAUGCAGAGAUGAGGAGUAUCGUACAGCAUUGUGCUGUGUGUGAAUGCAGAGAUGAGGAGUAUCGUACAGCAUUGUGCUGUGUGUGAAUGCAGAGAUGAGGAGUAUCGUACAGCAUUGUGCAGUGUGUGAAUGCAGAGAUGAGGAGUAUCGUACAGCAUUGUGCUGUGUGUGAAUGCAGAGAUGAGGAGUAUCGUACAGCAUUGUGCUGUGUGUGAAUGCAGAGAUGAGGAGUAUCGUACAGCAUUGUGCUGUGUGUGAAUGCAGAGAUGAGGAGUAUCGUACAGCAUUGUGCUGUGUGUGAAUGCAGAGAUGAGGAGUAUCGUACAGCAUUGUGCAGUGUGUGAAUGCAGAGAUGAGGAGUAUUGUACAACAUUGCAUUGAAAAUAUGUGUGUGUGAAUGCAGAGAUGAGGAGUAUCGUACAGCAUUGUGUAGUGUGUGAAUGCAGAGAUGAGGAGUAUCGUACAGCAUUGUGUGUGUGUGAAUGCAGAGAUGAGGAGUAUCGUACAGCAUUGUGUAGUGUGUGAAUGCAGAGAUGAGGAGUAUCGUACAGCAUUGUGCAGUGUGUGAAUGCAGAGAUGAGGAGUAUCGUACAGCAUUGUGCAGUGUGUGAAUGCAGAGAUGAGGAGUAUCGUACAGCAUUGUGUGUGUGUGAAUGCAGAGAUGAGGAGUAUCGUACAGCAUUGUGUAGUGUGUGAAUGCAGAGAUGAGGAGUAUCGUACAGCAUUGUGUGUGUGUGAAUGCAGAGAUGAGGAGUAUCGUACAGCAUUGUGCUGUGUGUGUGAAUGCUGAGAUGAAGAGUAUCGUACAGCAUUGUGCAGCAGCAGGAGGAGGAGGCUGGGAAGCUGCUCCUGGGCUUCCUCGAGAGGAGCUUGGAAUCGGGUUGGUUGGUGGAGCAGCAGGUAUAGAAAAUAGAGGCUGUGAAAGAAUGGGUUAUUCACUCAGGAUCAACAUUCAGCAAAGUCCUGAAGAUAGCUCUGUUGCAGAUCAAAACAUUUAAUACUGAUCUAGCUAGAGAAUCUGUGUCGGCACCAUGCUUUAGAUGCCUUACAGAGAAAAUAAGAAAUAGUUUGCUGUUUUGCAAUCUCUGUUUGUAGCCUGUCUGUUUCUGAACUGUAAAGGAUUUGUAACGUCCUCUGCUGUGUGGCUGGCAUGCUUUAAAAAAAAAAAAAAAAAAAACCUGCUCCCAUCAGAGAACGUACCAGAAUAUUCUGUGCUUGUUCUUUAUCACGCUGGCAUGUGAGCAUCACUGGAAAUGUUAGAUCUUUCCAAGUGGCUUUACUCCCAAAACAGCAGCUGCAGGCUAGAUUCAGUGCAGGUUAAUGAAGGUGAGCACUGGGCUUAUACAGAGCAGGUAAUCUGCAUUGAACGGCACACAGGUAUCUCCUGCACACUGAGCGCACAGUCCAGUUGCAUCCUGAAGAUACAGGGUGUGGCCACAUUAUUAGGAAGUGUCGAGCAAUACAUGGUAGAGGACACAUCAUGAGACAACCUUAUGCAAAAGCGCUGGUCACUGCUGGAACAUUGCCUGCAGGACUAGGACAGCUGACCUAACACUGAAUACACAGGGACUGGUGCACCUGAACAGUGAGCAGGCACUGAGACAGGGUGAAUCUUUAUUAAUAGAGGAGCACUCUGCAGUGCAGACCAAACAUCCCUACAGCCAAUGUGAAAAUGAAAUACGAAUAGUCAAUGUGUCAAAGGCAGUGUGGAAGUAUCAGCCCAGCCCAUUUAAAGGAUGCCAUCUGUGCAGUGGCUCUCUGUGAGAAAGCUGCAUUCUGCCGUAGUUACGGUCCUGUCUCCUUGAUGGUUUCCAUGUGUAUCUGAAAAAACACUGCAGGGCCCAUCGCCGUGGUCUAAGAAUCCUUUUGAUCGUCAUUUAAUUUCUCCAUCUCCAAGUUUCAUUACUCUGAGCUGAAUGGUUCUUAGUUUAAAACUUCUAAGAAGCUGGUUGAUUUGAUCAGUCUGUACCCAGCCGAGGUAAACCAUAGCUGAGAGUAUUUUACAGCACAGGGUAACAGCAGAGAUUGCAUCAACCACCUCCGUGGGGUCUGUGUUAGAACUAGCCCUGCGUAGACACCAGAACAAUGCAUAUUUUGUUUAUGUGUAAUGUACAGUAUGUGCAGGUCAUGUUAGCAUCCUCAGAUAAGCACCAUCAAGAGGCAUUUCUUACAGCAAGGUGAAUAACCUGAGGAGAGAAGGCAGACCCCAGUACUGCAUAGCAAACCCAAAACCUUGAUCUGUAAUGAUCAGGCAUUACUGCACCCUGUAAGAUAUUCCCUGUUUCUGUUCCAUGACUAUCCUGCUCUGUAAUGAUCAGGCAUUACUGCACCCUGUAAGAUAUUCCCUGUUUCUGUUCCAUGACUAUCCUGCUCUGUAAUGAUCAGGCAUUACUGCACCCUGUAAGAUAUUCCCUGCUUCUGUUCCAUGACUAUCCUGCUCUGUAAUGAUCAGGCGUUACUGCAUCCUGUAAGAUAUUCCCUUCUUCUGUUCCAUGACUAUCCUGCUCUGAAGCAUUACUGUAUUAAUGAGAUGUUGUGUUUAAGCAUUCGGAUUACAAUGCAGGCGUGAGGAGAGAGAGCACUACUGGCCUGUCCCCCGGCAGCUACCCUGUGUUAAUUGGUGGGCUGCUGACUGGCACGUUGCUGUUGAUUGGGAUCCGAGCUGCUAUCAGAGAUACUGGAGGCUCAACAUGUAGCAAGCUUCCCUCCGGAGACGAGAAGGUCACAGGUGUGGUCCUGUCUGAAUGCAAACAGCUGUGUGUGUGUGUGUGUGUGUGUGUGUGUGUGUGUGUGUGUGUGUGUGUGUGUGUGUGUGUGUGUGUGUGUGUGUGUGUGUGUGUGUGUGCAUUGAAUAGCGGUAGAAUGUUAAGUUAUCGGGUCCAAUGAACGUGGAAAACCAAUCACAUCUGGUUAAAUAAUAAUAUUCAAGAGAAGGGAAGUUUAAGCAUUUUUAAACUCAAUACAAUAAAGUCUUCUUGUCGCCAGCUCCGUAAACACCGGACCACAAUUGAGACACAUUUCUGUCACUUUCUUUCAAACAGAAAGCAUCGUUCUGUUCGGACCAGUGCUCUCUUAGGACAAAAUAGAAAAAUACUGUAGUAUGAGAAAAUAAUAUAUUAUAUACAUCCUAUUAUUAAAAACUGGAAAACACAACAGCUCAGUGAUUCUGUAUGUUCAGACUCUGCUCCUAAUGUUAUUGAAUUUCGAUAUUUUUCUCUUUUAGAUGUUAUAUUUAAAUGUUGCUUACUGACAUUCUAGUAAUCUGUUAACCCUCCUAUAGUUUCCAAUCAAAUAAUAUGACUUUGUUUUAUAUUAUAUUCAUUAAUAUUGUAUUCAUAUUUGUGUUUAUUACACGUUUUGCAUUUUGGCACAUUCCUUUCCAUAUAUGUAUUAUGGAACAGUACAGUAUAUUAUGUAAUAAUCGCGGUCCCAGCAGUACAAUCCUGGAGAAUUGUAAUAAACAUUUUAUUUUUCGAUGACAGAGAGUACCGUCGAUACAGAGUCUCAUAUCUGUGUGUGUAAUUGACAACUCGCAAACACCUAUAAACUUUUUUUUUUUAAA